UUGACGUGGUCGGUGCUGGUCGGUCAAAGGUUGAUCCCACCCAGGGACUUUUGCCAAGGAGGAUGGAGUGACAAAGCACAAACGCUAUAGCACGUAACCCACCAUCCACUUUGGAGCCCGGAAGGAGUGAGCCGCCGGCCUCGCACCUUUAAACCCGCCUCCGUCGACGCCAUUAGCCGGGACAUGCAAUCGACUCCUUGACGUUCACGACGGACAGUGGUCGCAGACCAUGACGACAGGGUCAACGAAACCCGUCGUGCGACCGGCCGGCUAUGACGCGGGAAAACAGCCGGCUGAGGAUGUCAUUGUCCCCCCUGUCUCUUCGGCGUGCGGCUUUCAGCCGGGCUACCAACCUCACCUGGAUGAAUCACACAUCCCGCGGCAACGGCAACCUUCUCGUGCACAGGCACGCUCGUUGGGAGGGGCGCCGCUAGCCGCCAAGAUCCGCACGAGCACCGGCGGCUGACAGGGCCGACAAGAACGGCCGGUAGGCUCGCCCCUGGCGUGGACGGUGGACGGUAAAGCCACCGUCACCUCGAGGUCGGUAUCUGCCAGGACCGCAAGUCCCGACUGUGGCGGAAAGAGUGGCUGCGAGGACCUGCGGCAGAUGCCCGGACUGAAAGGGGCAGACCGGGGUAGGCCGGGGCAGAGGGUUUCCGGCUUCAGAGGAGUAUGGCGCUCGCGGAAGUCGUCUUGGUGGGGGAGGGCGUCUGCUUUGUUUUGUAGAUCGAGGUAAUGCAGCGAUAACACGAGGGAGUAAAGGGCAUUCGACAGCGACAGGUGCAACCAUCCCGCCACGCUGCAUGGUGCUUGAUGAGGUAAACUGAGACCUGCGCGGACUUGGAAGUUGCGGUAGGGCACCCUCUCAAAGCGGCAGAUGCAAGCCGCUGCUCCUUACCAGCUGUUGCU